AGCAAAUCGUUGCAUCUCAAAUCGAUUGCUUUGGUCUGCCAUUUGCUCACGCUAACCAGGAAGUAGCUUCUGUUGUUUCAUGCGCUCGCUAGUUUUAAAUGUUGGCGUAACAAACUGCGUUCAAAUGACUGAGAUACUGAACGGUUCGGAUUUCGGAGGAAUUUCGGUGCAUAAUUUCUCCGAGAAGAUUCUGGAGCAGGUCGUCCACUUCCACGCGAUGAAGCUGAAUGGUGGCUUCUUUCUGUGGAUCGGUUCGGCUCCGGUUCUGUCCAACCUGGCGGUUUCCAUGAGCAGCAAAUAUGAUCCAAUGCCGUUAUCCACUUUGGUGAUGGGUGAUCCGUCCAAUACUGCUGCAAACUCUUUGGCACAGAGAUUAGCAAAGAGGACCAAAAAGCAAGUAUUUGUGAGUUACAGUCUUCCGAUGACAGAUUCCAGCCUGAGUUUGUUGGUGGAAAACCGGAUCAAAAAGGAAAUGGAGCUUCACCCAGAGAACUUUUGAAACUCGCUGGGUCUUUAAGGACAUUUAUUUACCUUACAUCAGCACCUCCUUCUCCUGUGUGUUCUACUGGAACCACACUCCCAACACAAAAAUCGCCACACAAGCAAUCACAUCCACUGUUCUUUUAUUGACAUAAUAAAUUAAGUGGUUUAUUAUCAAAACACGUAGGCCUAUGGCUUUUUGUACAAAUGCAUCUUAUUAAAAAAAUAACACUUAGAAAACAG